AGGCAGCAGCUCUCAGCAGAUUCUAACUUUACAGCAAAGAUGAAGAUGUAUUCAUCCGUCACGUUCGCCCGAGUCAGCACCUUUGUCUCAAUCAUCGUGAUUUUUAUCUACAAGGUUGUGAUUGACAGGGAUUACAAGUGCGAUUGUGAUGGUAGCGGUCAUCACAGUCUUUGGUACAUGGUUGUACCAUCUAUAGUUUUAUUUGUAUUUCAAUUCUGGACGAUCAAAUGCAGUUAUAAAGGAAAGGCAUGCAGAUGUAACAGGAAGGGAUGUGAUGAUAAUUUGAAAUAUAUAAGUUACCAGUUUAUCAAGGCAGUUGUAGUUGGUCUGCUGUGGGUUAUCUCUUUGUUAAUUGAUGGAGAAUGGGCUGUUUGUUAUUACCACAAAGACAUAGCCUGCAAAGACAAAGCCACAUUCAACUUUACGGAACAGGAGACCUUCUCCAAUGUGAAAUCAACUUCAGAGAACGUCGGCUGGAGUCUCAUCUUGGUUAUCCUUGGUAUGGUUUCGGGAAUGAGAGUCUGGUCAUGGUGUAGGGAUCCAAACUACAGCAAACUGUACAAGAAACUGAAGAUGAAACAGGAGGAACGUGUGCUGAAACAGAUAGCAAAGGAAGAUUUGAAAGAAGAACUCACACUAGAUUGGGUAGAAGAAAGAUCAGAUGUACUAGUCAAAGCAGCAGACAACGCAGUAGACAGAGCAGCCAGAAGAGCCACAGAUGCCAGAACAGCCGCAGCAGACGCAGCAGACGCAGCAGCAGCCGGACCAGCAGUCAGAGUAGCAGCCAGGGGAGACAUAGACAAACAGAUCGCCUUUUUAUCAGGAAACAAGGUGACUACGUUUUUGGAAAGGCUGAAUGAAGGUCCAUCAGCUGAUCCUCAGGUGAGUCUCAGGCUAUCAGGAGACGAGGUAAAUAAAAUGUCUCUUUGUUAUUGUCAUCUGAACAUUCAGGGUUCCCAGAGGAUGAAUCCUACUAAAUUAGAGAAUAAUAAAAAGAUGGGGUGGGUGAUGUAACAACAGCAUUGAUUAUACACAUGCUCAUUUCAUCAUGGUGAGCUUCAUGUUUCCCUGUUAUCAGUCCACCACUUUGGUCUGAAAUAUCUCAGCCACACGGUACACAAAAUAAGGUACAACUGGCCCAAACA